GGGGGGGGGGGGGGUGCACUGUUCCCCAUGCGCCGAAGACGUGGAUGUCGAUUAAGGAAGCCCUCCGCACCACUCUGAUUCAGAGGGGUUGGGUUAAAUGCGGAAUACACAUUUCAGUUGAAGGCAUUCAGUUGUACAACUGACUAGGUUUCCCCCUUUCCCUUGCAGCAACCUAAAAUAGUACAGAGGGGAGCUUGUCAAUCCCAAUCAGAGUGACUGUUAGAAUUUUACAUUUGGUUUGGUACCACCACCAGCGUAGUUAUGAAAAUGUAUUCAAACAUCCCCUACAGGCACCCAAAUAAUGAUUCUCAACAUUUUACCAGCAUGUACCCUCUCAUUUUGAAAUGCCAUUCUCCCUGCAUUUCAACUCAAAUUGAAUUAGGAACGAAUCCUGUAUUUAUACACUGGCAUUGCCAGUGCAGCGGUACUAUCCUGUACCCCCGCACAUUGACUCGGUACCGGUGUCCCCUGUAUAUACUGUAGCAUCGAUAUUGUUAUGCAAUUGUCUUGUGUUACUUUAUUAUUUUAUUUUAUUACUUUUGUUAAUUCAGUAAAUAUUUUCUUAACUCUAACUCUUGAACUGCAUUGUUGUUUAAGGGCUUGUAAGUAAGCAUUUCACUGUAAAGUCUACACCUGUUGUAUUCGGCGCACGUGACAAAUACAUUUGGAUUUUAUUUUGUUUGUGUAAUUAAAAGAUACUGUAGCUUAAUGUGGAGAUGUGUCCAUUUCAGAAUGAGUUCAAGAAACACUCUCACGAGGAGUGAGCUUUUGAAUGGUCACCCAUGAGGAACACUGAGGGUAAGCAAUGUCCGUCAAAAGUGGUGUUAAUAGGACAUGAAGUAGGCUUACUGGGCAUUGAUUCUUAGUAGUCAAGUCUGGAGAUGUACUACAGUAGCAAUGACGCAAUCAUAAUCAAGACAGUUGUUUUCAUAAACAUUAUGAUACCCUGUGAAAUCCUAUUUGAAUAAUAUGCUAGUGGUAAUGAUGAAUAGUUUGACAUAAUUGCACAAUGAAGUUGUGAGGUUUGAAAAUGGUUAAUUAAAAGAUCACCUUUAGCAAAAAGCAGCAUUCGAAGUACUGCCUGUACAUUAUCAGUUUUACACUGCUGCCCAUUACAAAACAAAAGAUUUGUUCUUAUCUGUAGUGUAGAAAAGGACGCAUUGUUAAAAAAGUGCAGAUUUCAGGCUUUUUAAGACCCACAUCUGCUGGGUGGUGCUGACUACCAAAGCCAGGACUGGGAGGUGGGACUGGGAAACUAUGCAUAAUUCAGUAGGAGCCAUGAGGUCAGCCUAUUAAAAUGAGAUAAUGUGGCCAGAUCCGGACUGCUGCUGCGACUGCAGUGACAAACGUAGAAGGAUAGGGCUUUUGGCUAAUAUUCAUUAGUGGGCUUUUGGUUUGUGUGUGUGUUUAUGUGUAUGUGAACGUGUGCUGCAAUAUGUCUCUUUCCCCCUUUUUAAUAUUCCUUGGCUGGCAUAGCUAAAGUCUCCCUAAACCCCCCUUCCACCAAGGCCACAGCAGCCUGCUGGGUUACUGGGGCCAGCUAUGAAUCUGUCACUCCACAAUCGGCUUUAAUUUCACACCUCCUCUCUCUCCAUCAGGCGUUAAUCCGACCAGGGACAGUGGCGUGGUGCACGCAGUCUACCAGCCUCCGAGGAAUAGGGAGGGUGCAACUUUCAGUACCCAUAUGAUAUGAUAAUGACAUAGUGGUGGUAGAGUAGAUACGUAUAUAUAGUUUUCUCUCGAAAAAUGCAAAAUAAAAUAGAAUAGACAUGCACAUUUUUUAAACCAAAUAUUACCAAUCUUGGACGAUUGAGACUAUUCUAAAAAAGUUACCUACAGUCUGUUUCAAGGCUCCUCCCUACGUAAAUAGUGGGGAGUCUAGAUACCGGACCGCAACCCUCACAGACAGUUGGAGGAGAAAGAUAAUGAUUACACUUACAACAGAUUAAUUUAAAACCUCUUCCGAGUAUCCGAGGUAAAUUGUGGAAGCGACCACGCAAGGAUAUAAAGUAAUGUAUGUAGCCUGUCAUACAAGACUUGUCGUUUCUGCUUUUGUUUUUUUCCGGGAAAAUAAUCCCGUGGUCUCGAGCCUGCGUGUUUACGCGCGGACAUAAAGUCACGUAUUAGAAUUAAUUUGGAAUGGGGAACAACAAAGUUUGUAGAAUGUUUUCCCAGUUGCUGGUUCUGAUUAUUCUUGCACUUUUACGGGGAGCAGAUGGUCAGCAUGGCCACCGUGGAAUGUCCGUUCCUGAACAUGGCUUUUGCCAACCUAUUUCCAUUCCUCUCUGUACGGAUAUUGCCUAUAACGAGACUAUCAUGCCACAUUUAUUAGGGCACACCAACCAAGAGGACGCGGGGCUUGAAGUGUACCAGUUCUAUCCGCUUGUGAAAGUUCAAUGCUCUCCUGACCUGAAGUUUUUCCUCUGCUCCAUGUAUGCCCCCGUUUGUACAGCGCUGGAACAAGCACUGCCUCCAUGUCGCUCGCAUGGAGCGGGAGAGUUGUGCGUCGGGCAAAACGUGUCUGAUAGAAGCGCUCCUAUUAAUCCUACCUCGGAUGUAACAGAAUCACCUUAUGGGCAGUUUAGGACUGUAAAGGGACAGUUUAGAUGCCCAGUUGCAUUGAGAGUACCCCCCUAUUUGAACUACCGUUUUCUUGGGGAGGAGGAUUGUGGUGCACCGUGUGAGCCCUCAAAACCACAUGGAAUGAUGUACUUCAAUGAGGACAAGUUGACAUUCGCCGAAAUAUGGAUUGGAAUAUGGUCUGUGUUAUGCUGCGGGUACACCUUGUUCACAGUUUUGACCUACUUGGUGGACAUGCAGAGGUUCAGCUACCCAGAGCGACCCAUCAUUUUCCUAUCAGGCUGCUACACCAUAGUAUCAUUAGCCUACAUCGCUGGCUUCUUGUUGGGGGACAAGGUGGUAUGCAACAACCGCUUUGACAGCAACGUCAAAACACUCAUCCAAGGCACCAAAAAGGAGGGCUGCACCAUUUUGUUCAUGAUGCUCUACUUUUUCAGCAUGGCCAGCUCCAUCUGGUGGGUCAUCCUAACCUUGACGUGGUUCUUGUCAGCCGGGAUGAAGUGGGGUCACGAGGCCAUCGAAGCCAACUCGCAGUACUUCCACCUGGCGGCAUGGGCGGUACCCGCCAUCAAGACCGUCACCAUCCUGGCGGUGGGGCAGGUGGACGUUCUGAGUGGCGUGUGCUACGUGGGAAUUAACAGCGUGUACGCGCUCAGAGGCUUCGUUCUGGCGCCGCUCUUAAUCUACCUCUUCCUGGGCACCUCAUUCCUUCUGGCCGGCUUCGUGUCGCUCUUCCGCAUCCGGACUAUCAUGAAGCACGACGGCACCAAGAUGAGGAAACUGGAGAAGCUCAUGGUGCGCAUCGGCAUCUUCAGCGUCUACACGGUGCCUGCCACCGUCGUCAUUGCGUGCUACUUCUAUGAGCAGGCGUUCAGGGAACAGUGGGAAAAGAGUUGGGUGAGUCGGACGUGUAAGAACUACGCAGUGCCGUGCCAUGGGCACCACCACCCGCAGAUGUCGCCAGACUUUACCGUCUUCAUGAUCAAGUACCUGAUGAUGUUGAUUGUGGGUAUCACCUCUGGCUUCUGGAUUUGGUCGAGUAAGACGCUGAAUUCGUGGAGGAGAUUUUAUACAAGACUGGCGAGCAAUAAACAGGGUGAGACAACAGUGUAAGACCUAAUACUGUUUGUUGUCCCCUGAACACACACACACAAAUGCAUGAACUGAAGAAAAAGCUACUGUGACACACUUCUUUUUUUUUAAAGUUCUAAAUAAGCUUUUUUGGGGAGACUUUUUUACAUAUACAUAUUUGUAUUUAAAAUAGCCCACACAUUUCAUUCUAAUCAAUCACACUUUGAUAUAAAAAGGAUAGCUCUUAUCUAAUUCAAUGAGGAGAAUUAGACUGUCUGAACUUUUUCAUUAAUUCUAUUUGUGCUCCAUUGAACUUUUUCAUGUCAUCCCUUUAGUGGUGUUUCAUGUGAACUAUGGGAAGAUCUCAAUUGCAUACUCCUCGCAUCCUCUCUCCUCAUCCCUUCUCAAAAACGAAUUGGAUGAGAGCCAGUGUUCACUCCCCUGUGCAAUUUUGAUCUUCCCUGUAUUUGAGAAACAGUCAACAAGGUUCUGUGGGACUUUUGCUGUAUUUUAUGGGUCAUAAUAACCCUUUUCACAAUCAUUCCAUAGACCGCUAUUUCAAACCUGGUUACAGGCCUCUUCAUAGUUUAUUCUCGUUUCUAUUUAUUUAUUUGUUUUACCAUGUUUUUAUGGAAUGUCUGAGCAUUCAUUGUUCUUUCACCAUGUGUAUUUUGUGUUUUGGGGAUAUUUUACCAUUAAAGUGAAUGCAGACUUCUCUAAAGAAAUAUGGGAUUAGGGGAUGAGAUCAAUAUCCCUAUGUGUAAACAAAAGCCUGUCGCUAUUGAACUAUUUUGAAUUUAGCACUCAUUUAAAGGCCUUUUACUUACGGGGAUAGAUCCAGAAUUAUUACUUUCUGCACACACAAGCUAUAUGACUGGAAUUGACUUUGACAAUAAUGAAAUCCUCAGUCCAGUUCCUUUUGUUUUAAUAGCGUGUGGGUGGAUCUAUUGUGAUUGAAGUCCAAUAAUCCAGCUUUCCAGCUGUCUACACAACUAUCCAUCCUCUUUCUAGUCACCUGGCAUCCUUGAAUGAAAAACAUGCUCAACUUUAAUGAGGAGUCCUUUUAGAAAUCUGUCACACUGUAGUGUUUCCAUACAUGCAUGUUGCAAAUAAUGUCAUAUUCGUUAUUCUAUAAUUAAGGAAUAAGGCACGGGGGGAGUGGUAUAUGGCCAAUAUACCACAGCUAAAGGCUUUUCUUUCUGGAUACAGGCCUUAGCCAUGGUAUGUUGGCCAUAUACCGCAAAACCCUGAGGUACCAUAUUGUUAUUAUAAACUGGUUACCAACUUACAUAGAACAGUAAAACAUAUUUUUGGGUCAUACCCGUGAUAUACGGUCUGAUAUACCACAGCUUUCAGCCAAUCAGCAUCCAGAAGCCAAACUUCCCGGUUAAUAAUACAAAACAAAGCUUGCAUCCGAUUUUUUAAAAGAGUCACAGCUCUAUAAUGGAUGGUAUUUUGAAUCUCAAUGAAAAAUACUGACGAAUUUUAUACAUUCUUUGAUAGAGAUCAGUCAUUGAACUCUUGCUGCCCUAAUGCACAUAGAGGGUUGCGUUCAUUAGGCACCAAACAGAAGAAAACAGACAAACAGGGAGGGAAUAUAUGGACUUGUCCAAUUAUCCAUUGCAAAAUAUUCUCUGUUGCAUGGCCUAAUGAACACGACCAUGUUGUUCACUUGUUCUUGAUGAUUCUGCACAUUGCUUCUCUCCAUUUAUACAUUUUUUGUCAAAGGCAUCAACGCUGAUAUUGAUCUUUCUGUUUUAACGCUGUGGUAUAUUCUCUUACCCAGGUAUUACAUUUUCUUAAUCAGAGCCAUGAAUUUUUUAUAGCACUAUGUUUGUAUAGAGGUCAAUGUUGUUUGUAUGCCGACCAAUGUUUAUAAAUUGCUGAUGACUUUCUAACACCCUUUUUUCUACCAAUGUGUAUAUUAAACAGAUAAUCCUAGAAUACCAUCAUUUAAAUAAAAAUCUACCCCCAAUUUAUUCACUAUAAUCAUGGUUUGGACUUAAUCUUCCUUUGUGGUGAGAGUUACAAACAUUUUUAGAUUUCGAAGAGUUUCAGCUAAAAUCUUGCCAAUGUGGAAGUGUACAGUACAGUGCUUUCUCCUUUGCUGUAACACUAAUCUAUCAAAUGUAAGCCAACAAAGGUAAUUCAAAGCUAUUAGACUAUUUGAAACCGCUGACAGUCUAGUUGAUUUACUAUUGGGUCGAGUUCACUAGAAAAUAGGCUGAAACAGGGAGGCACUACCAAUACUUUUCAUUUUCUGUUGCAAAACGUUAACUGUUCGCUGUUGUGUGCCCUGAUUAACACAACUCUGGUGUUACUGAACAGAAAAGUAUACAUUGAAAGAAGGUAAUAAAGUAUAGGGCCGAGACCAGUGGUUCCCAAACUUGGGGUGAAAUUGAAAUGGUGUCCCCUGAGAAAAUCUGGGAUUUUUUUCAAACAAAAUGUAAGAACUUUCUUCUCUUCAAAUGGGUAUAGAAUACAAACGUUUAGUGUGUUGAAACAGCCUGCUGGACCUAGA